UGUGCAAAGUCCGCCUCCGGGAGCAGAGAUUGAGGGUUCCCGGUCCUCCCUGUCCCAGUCCUGCCCGAGCCAGGCCUGGGGCCACGCACCUGGGCUUCCGGGGACUGAGGCCGGGGUUCGAGGAGAGGCCUCGGCACCUACUGGCCGCAGGAUGAGGCUGGCCGCCGGCUCCCUGAUCCUGUGGCUGAGCCUGGGGGGUGGCCUGGCCCAGAGCGAGGACCCCGGCCCCGACGCUGGCCCCGACGUGGCCCCAGAGGAGUCCUACUCCGACUGGGGCCUCCGGCACAUCCGGGGCGGCUUCGAGUCCGUCAACAGCUACUUCGACUCCUUCCUGGAGCUGCUGGGGGGCAAGGACGGCGUCUGCCAGUACCGGUGCCGCUACGGAAAGGCUCCUAUGCCCAGGCCGCACUACAAGCCGCAGGAGCCCAACGGCUGCAGCUCCUCCUUCCUGGGCCUCAAGGUGCCAGACAGUAUGGACCUGGGAAUUCCAGCCAUGACCAAGUGCUGCAACCAGCUGGACGCCUGUUACGACACCUGCGGUGCCAACAAGUACCGCUGUGAUGCAAAAUUCCGAUGGUGCCUCCACUCUAUCUGCUCGGACCUCAAGCGAAGUCUGGGCUUCGUCUCCAAAGUGGCAAGUAGCAUGUGAUUCUCUGGCUGACACCGUGUUUAAUACCGUAUGGACCUUGGGCUGCCGACCCUUUAUGAAUAGUCAGCGGGCAGCCUGCAUCUGCGCAGAAGAGGAGAAAGAAGAGUUAUAGGGAAGGUGUUUCCUUUUUGGUUUGAGUGGACACCACGGCUGUCAGUCUCGGAGAUGGUAGUGUGGCAGAUGUGUCUCAUCCUUUCUUCCAAGAGUUUGGAUGCCACCAGGCAGGAGAAAGGAGACAGGCUACACCUGAAAAGCAAGUCCCAUCCUUUGAGGAUAAUUGGAAAAAAGACGUGAACUGAAGGCUGCGCGUCGCUUUAACACUGGUCCCUCCAACCAAGACACAUUUGCCUGGAAAUUCAGUUCUUAAAGACUAAAAUAAAGACUAACUACUGGGAUUCUUGGACUCUAUCAUUCUAUUCACAAGUGAAAUUUUGGAGAGUCCAGCCGUUUGGGAGGCAAUGACUUGCCUCUGGUCCAUGUCUCAAUUGCCAGUAAGCAUCCCACAUAUAUAAUAAAGUGUACUUUCUAGAACAUUUGAAAAGAGAUGCUUGAAUCUCACUAUCACCAACACGCUUCCUUUUCACUUAGAAGAAAACAGAAUCAACUCGGUAAGUUCCCUCAACAAUACGUUCUUCCCGCUGGUGCCGAAGGGAUCGGAGCCCGUGUGCAGAGACUUACCUGACCGAAGCCAUGGAGGCCGAGAGCAGGUGGAGUCUGGUCUCUGAGGUUCCAUUUUUUUCACUCAGUCAGCUAUUCUGUUGAUACCCCCAAGUGCUAGGUGGCCUCCGUGUCAUGUGAAGGUCUGAGGAGCACUGGGUAGGAACUGCCAUUAAAGAUAACUUGGAAAAACCCCUAAAAGCUGAGGGGCAGGCUUUGGGCCAUUCCCCAAAGGGUGGUUCUCAGCCCUGAGGGCAGGUUAGAAUCCCUGAGGAGCAGCAGCCACAGAGGCUCUGGCGGGGGUUGGGGGGGCGGGGGGUGUAUCUACAGACAGGCGCACCUGCCAUUGCGCUCGGCUUGCUUGCCCUCCACAGGUGUUGCAUUUUUACAAAUUGAAGGCAAGACCUUCCACCAGAAAAAAGAUCAUGUGACUCGCUUUGUUGUCGGGUCUGGAAGCUGACGGGAACUAUCUCUGAGGUUUGCCUGUGCUGGUGAUUUCUAAAGCGACUCUGACGCCCCAUGAGGACUGAGGCCACCGGAUCAGGGACUGGCAGACGGAAGCCCAUGGACUGACUCAGGCCCAGCACCCGCUGCCGGGAAGUGUGAUGGAACAUAACUGUGCCCACGUGUGUUCGUGGCUGCUCCCGGGCCGAGAGCCGAGCUGUGGCAGAGACGGCACGGCCCAGAACAGUUACCAGGAGGCCCUUACAGAAACACUUGGCAAACCCCUGAUGGAGUUCACUCUCUCCUUUCCUUUCCUCUUGUUAAUAUCACUGGUUCCAUUAAGGAUGGUUGAUGGCAGCCAUUUCUAAAAAG